ACUUGCAAACACAAAAUGGCCGGCGCCGUCCCGUGUAAGAAAAUGAAACGCUCGAAGUCUCUAGAUACUCUGUUAGAAAAUGUGAAUAAAUAUAGUGAGUGGAUCGAGGAUUAUAGUGGCGACGACAGUGGUGUGCAGUCUCAUGAUGGGUUUUUGAGUUUGGAAAGGAAGGUUGAUAAACUGAGUGAUGUCUGUGCAGAACAGACCCGACUGCUGGCCGAGUUAGCAGAGCAGGUCCGCGGGCGGAGCGCCGGAGACGAGCUAGGAGCUGUGCUGGCUGAGUUGCUGGAUAAACUAGCCGAAGAAGGGGAAAAUAAUGGAGAGAGCGGUGCUCGUAGUCUCCUGAGCGCCAUCGAAGCCCGGCCCAGCCUGGAGCGCCGAGUCGGGACUGCGCUGACGGACUUACUUCAGAGCGAGGAUUUAAAACAGCGCAUAGUGUCGUCAACGACUGAAUCCAUCAAGGAACUCAUAAGAAACUUAUUCAGCGUCGAAGUGUCGUCUCUCUACGUGCCGGUUAUGGAACGAGCCCACCGUCAGCUGCUCAACCAUGUCACCAAAAUGGUCGCCACUGCGUUUGCUGACCUGGAGGAGAACACCGCAUGCAACGCCGAAGCCCUGCGGCAGACUUCGCAGUCCCUACAGGCAGCAUUGCAGCGGCACGAGUGCUUGUUGAAGCAAGCUUGCGACGGCAGUGACCGGUUGGUCGACGCUGUUACCAGUACCACAGAGAAAGUCAUCGAGCGAGAGCUGAAGCCGUGGCGCGAAGAAAUCUCCAACGCCAUGCCACAAAUGUCUGAAUGUGACUCUGGCCGAGCCGAGUCUCCAGACCCUCUUCCUGUAUUAGAUAGCCCAGAGAUACCUGAAGUCAAUGAGAAUGGCCUAUCUCCCGUCGAUCGCAUGAUGUACACAGCGGAGGUAGCCAUGCUGGUCCGCACGGGUGACGUGAACGGCGCGUUCUCGCGUGCGCUGCUGGCGGGGGACCUGGAGGUGGUGAUGUCUGCGUGCCGCGCCGUAUCCGUACUAGCGGCGCCGGCGCUCAAGCAGCCCGUGCUGCUGAGCCUGCUGCAGCAGCUGGCUACUGACUUGCUGCUCGACACGCCGCUCAAGUGCAGUUACUUGGAGUACGCCUUGCUAAACCUGAACCCCCUGGAUCCCGUGACGCGGGUGCACCUGCCCCUCGUAGUGGGCGAGCUUCACCGAUACCUGACCGCCUUUCUACACAAGUACCCUCACCACUUACAAGGCCACAGAAUAGCCGCCAUUAUUACUACUGCACAAAAACUUCUCUGAUACGAAAUGUUGCCUGUUGAAAUUAUGUUUUAUUUUUAUAUUUUAUUAAAAAUAGUUUUAAGGCUUGGUAGUUUUAGUAUGCAUCAUUUUUUUCUUUUAAUUUUAAUCAUUAUUAAAGUUAUGAAAGAGAA